AGAGCGGCGUGUGUAUGAGCGCGCGGCGCUGUAACAGCACUUUCACCUUCAGCUCUAUAAACCUACUGAGAGUUUGAUACGUGUGUAUUUAGUAGGUAAAGAGAAAGAAAAGAGAGCGAGAAAGAGUGAGAGAAAGAGGUAGUGGGAUGAUGAACGGAUCAGCAGCCAACUCACAGUCGGCUCUGGAGAUCCAGCUGAGGAGAGGACCUGCUGGCCUGGGCUUCAAUAUUGUGGGUGGAGUUGAUCAGCAGUAUGUGAUGAAUGACAGUGGGAUCUAUGUGGCCAAGAUCAAAGAGAAUGGAGCAGCAGCACUAGACGGCCGACUGCAGGAGGGAGACAAGAUCCUUGCGAUAAAUGGGCAUAAACUGGAGAAUCUGUGUCACAGUGCAGCAGUAGAGUUGUUUCGUUCAGCAGGAGAAGAGGUCACUCUGCACAUCCAGCAGAGGCCUCCUCACAGCUCUAAUGGUCCUCUUGGUUCUCGUCCUGAUAGAGAAUCGUCCUCAUCCAUCUCGUCCCUGCUCAUCGCUGGGAUUCUUAGUGUGGUCAUAACGGUCUUUAUCUACAGACGUAUCUCCAAGAGACACACAUUUUAAUCACUCUCUCACUCACACACACAAUGAACUUUUUCUUGCUGAGGGCAAGAAAAUAUAUAACGGGGAACAAAAGCACCGCUGUUGGAGUUAAACCUCCACUCAGAUUCCUAUAAUCAUUAUAAUGCUAAUAUUAAUGCUAAUCACAGUAACCGAUUAGCUUUAGCCAUAAACACACAGAACAGAGUAAUGGUAAAGUGUAAAUACAUGCCUGUUUAUAUGGAAUAUGCUCAUUCUGUUGAAUUCAUUUGAAGUCCAGCUUUGAAUCUUUUAGUUCUGGAGAAACAGUAAUACCUUGAAAGGAUGCUUAAGUUUUGUUGAUUGACAGGUGUCUCUAGGCCAAGGGGCAGAGCUUAGGUUAAACUUAAUCAGCAACUUACCAACUGCAAAAGUUUUUGUGGCUUGUAAUAAAUUCACUUUUUUUUUUAAAUUUUUGUAAACACUUUGUCUUGGUGUGUGCAGACUUUUGCUCUCAACCAUGUUUAGUACUUGCCAAGCUAGCCAGUUUUGGUGAUGUCAUACAAUCAAGUACACAUGUGAGUGGCUGAUAAACUCAAGCUUAUGCUCCGCCUACUUGUUUCUGGGUGUGAUUUAAGUGAAUAUGCUGGUUGGACCUGGAGCUAUUCUUCUAAUUGUGAUGUAUAAAAAAAGAAUUCCAUCAUAAUUAUUUAAUGAGGAAAAUCGGUUGUAUCGUCCAAUCAGCUGUGUUUGUGGCUGUAAGUAACCAAUCAGAUUGCUGGGUGUUAUAGGCUCCAGUUUAGCUGUGUGUGAGUGUGAGAGAGAGAGAAAGAAAGAAAAAAAGAAAGAAAGA